AUGUUCAGCUCUAUCAUCAUCUCAGCUCUCAUCGCAGCUCCUCUCGUGGCCGGCCACGGAAAAGUGACAGUUCUCACUGGCGAUCUCGGCGGUAACGGAACAGCCCUCGGAAUCGAAGGUGGCUCCGUCGCCAACGCCGGUCAAAACUACCAGACCGAAGUCGACACCACCGUCUUCUGGUCUAAGGACAUCAACACCGACGACGAUUUCGGCUGGACCGAGUCGAGUCACGGCAACCUUGGCAUGGAUGACUUGGUCAAGGCCAUGGCUUUGUCGGGAGAUACCUUGCCUCAGGUUAGUCAGGGCGGUAGCAUCAACGCUACUUUGCAUAUCGUGACCAGCGAUGGCGCAGGUCCGUAUAGCGCUAUUAUUGAUCCUACGGCCUCGGGUAAAUUCUCGAGCGCAGUCAAUAUGGAGGUGACCACGCAAGUUCCCGGUGAGGGUGGCUGGAUCGAUACUACGCCUAGCGCAGCUGCGCUUGCGGCUGGCAACGGCCACAUUAUUCAGAAGCGUGCAACACGUACACUCGAACGCAGAGCAUCACGCACCAGGGGCAAGCGUGAAACUGCCACUUUGGUUGAUAAGGAUUAUAGCCUCGAAAUUGCCAUUCCUUCCGGUGUUACUUGCAGCGGCACUGCCAACGGUCAAUCAAAUUUGUGCGCAGUGAAGGUCAGUAACAACAACGAGAAUGGCCCCUUUGGUGCCGUUAUGAUCGUCCAGAUGGCUUCCUAA